GAGCAGCUCUGCCAUUGGAGUUGGGCCAUGACACAAAUGGAAUCCUUUUAUGAUAAAUGAGGUUGCCAUAGCAAUGACGCCCCCCCCUCCAGUGAGAUGGGGGCGGGGUAUACUUCAGAAGAAGAAAAAAAACCUAGCAUUCACAGCACUACCCCCUUUCAGUGAUCCACUCAGGAGUUGCUGUGAUAACCAGCCAGAUUCUCAGAAUGGAUCAUGUAAACUUCUUCGCUUCUAGCACCUUUCAGGCCGAACAGAAAAGUGGGCGGGGAUGAGAAGGAAGGCAUUUUCAGUCCGACAGUGUUUCAGUGUGUGUUUGCAUGAGUCAAAAGUGCGGGUCUGCAGCUCGGCUGCAUUUAUGGGAAAGUCAGUUUCCCACCAUUGUGUCUCCAGCGUUUGCCAGACAGUGACUGACUGCUGUGUGGUGGAGAACAGACGCUGCUGCUGCUGCUGCUGCUGCUCUCACAGAGCAGAACAGGAAGAGGGAGAGUUCAGUUUGUGUUGGAGCCUCUGAGGUGAAGACAGGAAGGUUUUCCAGUGUCCAGCUGCUGUCCUGGAUGGUUUUCCUUCCCCACGCUGUGGAGUGUGGCCGUCCUGCUGUUGCGUUUUGGUUCCUGGCGUUGUCUGGCCAGUGGUGCUAGUGGCAGUGGUGAGUCGGGGCUUCAUGCCAUGGGCUGCGUCUUCUCCCUGCCAGAGGACAGGAGAGAUGCUGCUGAGAGGGCGACUGCCGCCAGAGAGACCAGCUUUAUUGAAAAGAUGAAGAAAACGGGCAAGAACAUCAUCGUGUUCUAUGGCUCGCAGACGGGCACAGCAGAGGAAUUUGCUAAUAGGCUCUCGAAAGACGCUCAGCGCUACGGCAUGAAGGGAAUGGCUGCUGAUCCUGAGGAGUAUGACAUGGGGGAACUGUCCCAGCUGUCGCAGAUUAAAAACUCACUUGCCAUCUUUUGCAUGGCUACUUAUGGUGAGGGCGACCCAACAGAUAAUGCUCAGGACUUCUAUGACUGGCUGCAGGAAAAUGAUGAUGAAGACCUCUCUGGACUAAACUACACAGUGUUUGCCUUAGGCAACAAGACAUAUGAGCACUACAAUGCAAUGGGGAAAUACGUAGACAAAAGACUGGAAGAACUGGGAGCCAAGCGCAUCUUUGAUCUUGGUUUGGGAGAUGAUGAUGCCAACCUGGAAGAAGACUUUGUCUCUUGGAGAGAGCAGUUCUGGCCCGCUGUCUGUGAGCACUUUGGAGUGGAAGCGUUGGGCGAUGAAUCAAGCAUACGGCAGUAUGAGCUGAAGGAGCACACAGACAUCAACAUGAACAAAGUGUACACAGGAGAGAUCGGGCGCCUGAAGAGUUUUGAAGUUCAAAAGCCGCCCUUUGAUUCCAAAAACCCUUUCCUAGCCCCGGUUACUGUCAACCGCCGACUCAACAAAGCUGAUGAUAGACAUCUAAUGCACCUGGAACUAGACAUAACAGGAUCCAAGAUCAGAUACGAGUCAGGGGACCACGUUGCUGUUUUCCCUACAAAUGAUUCUGCGCUGGUGAACAAGCUGGGACAAAUCCUUGGGGUGGACCUUGAUGUGGUUAUUUCUCUCAACAAUCUUGAUGAGGAGUCCAACAAGAAGCACCCGUUUCCCUGCCCCACCACCUACCGCACCGCCCUCACUCACUACCUGGACAUCACGCAUCCUCCUCGCACCAACGUCCUGUACGAGCUGGCACAGUACGCGUCCGACCCCAAAGACCAAGAGAACAUGCGCAAGAUGGCCUCCUCCUCCCCAGAGGGCAAGGCACUCUACCAGAGUUGGGUCUUGGAUGCGAGCAGAAACAUUCUUGCCAUCUUGGAGGAUAUGCCUUCACUGAGGCCGCCUAUUGAUCAUCUGUGUGAGCUGAUGCCACGUCUCCAGGCUCGUUAUUAUUCCAUCGCCUCGUCUUCUAAGGUUCACCCCAACAGCAUCCACAUUUGCGCUGUAGUGGUCGAGUACAAGACCAAGACCGGCCGCAUCAACAAAGGAGUUGCAACCAACUGGCUGAAGAACAAACUGGUCACCGACAACGGCCACAAGUCCACUGUUCCCAUGUACAUCCGCAAAUCUCAGUUCCGUCUGCCCUUCAAGGCCACUAAUCCAGUGAUCAUGAUCGGCCCUGGAACCGGAAUCGCUCCCUUCAUGGGGUUCGUCCAAGAGAGGGGCUGGCUCAAACAGCAAGGAAAGGAGGUGGGAGAGACGGUGUUGUUUUUCGGCUGCAGAAACAAGAAUGUGGAUUACCUCUACCAGGAGGAGCUGGAGGAAGCGGAGAAGGAUUCAGUCUUAACGCAGCUUCAUGUCGCUUUCUCGAGAGACCAGGAGCACAAGGUGUAUGUGCAGCAUCUUCUGAAGAAAAAUAAGGAGAACAUCUGGAAGCUGAUUCAUAAUGAGAACGCUCAUAUUUAUGUCUGCGGGGAUGCGAAGAACAUGGCUAAGGACGUGCAGACUGCUUUCUAUGACAUUGCAGAAGAACUGGGAGGCAUGACGCGUACCCAAGCCACAGAUUACGUCAAGAAACUGAUGACCAAGGGACGCUACUCACAAGAUGUCUGGAGUUAAGGAAACCCAAGUCUCACUACUCCAGUGGUGGUUUUAAUUUUAUAAUUUUUUAUUCUAUGUCUUGUUUCAUCAGGACUGAAUACAAAAUGCAUUUAAUAGUUGUUCACACUUACCCUAGUUCAUGCGAGCUAUAGGUUACAGAAGAUUGAGGAAAACGCUACCUCAGCAGAUUUUAUUAAACCCAUUCAGCAAGUUCACUUUGCCGCUUGUAAAUGAGCCACGGUCCCACACUAAACCUCACCCAGUCUGGUGUCCAAAGAAUUUUAAAGAUUAAUAAAUGGAUUAGCAUAAUGUUUGGGAUUCAGUGGAAGAAUCUGCUGCCUUAAGUAGUAAGACUGAUGUGUAAAUGCAGCUGGGUGAUGAGUCAUGUUCAUUUCAGAUUCAAUUUUGAUUAUCCUCCAGUAUAUUUACACGUUGGUCAGUUUGUAUGUGCAGCUCUUUUCAACUUUCUUUUAAAGACAACUGACUGGAAAAUCAUCAAUGGGACAUAAUGCACUGAUCCCAACCUCUGAGUGUACAUAAUAUAAUCCCAUUGUUCAGUCUCUUGCGAUGUAAUGAACUCAUCCAACUGAAUAAUGGGCCGUAGAUCUAACACCACAGCAUAUAUUCCAUUGUGUAUCUAAGUGAGUAUAUGAAGCAUUGUGUGUUCUGUUUAAGUACCACAGUAGUAGAAAAGGUGCUGACUUAGUUUUUUUUUUCAGAACUCACCAAAUGUAUGUUCUAAAACUUUCUUUGAGGAACAUCUGUUUAACACCUGGCACCAUGGGAACAACUAUAUUUACCUUUGUAUUUUGACAAGGGAUUUUGCCUUGUGUGUAUAAAUUGCUGUGUGUUUCAAACAAUAAUGGGAAUAUUUUGCGAGGCUCAAUGACUGAUACAAUGGGGAAGAUCAUUUAUUAGUGUUUCUCCAUAAAAGCCUGAGUUUAUAUGUAAUUAAAGUUUAAGUGCAGGUACCCUUAACCUCACCCAGGCUUCAAAUGGUGACUGUAUCUUUUAUUAUUGCAUCUGGCAUCAGGGGAGCAUGAACUGGAUUUGUCUUUUAUCAAUCGGGUGCCGCUAAAUGAAGACGGUUCGCUGUUAUAUUAAAACAUUGAGUGUUUUGAGUGUCAUUGGAGAUGCCACUGCAUGAAGACGGUUGCCUGAUGCAUCAGAACAUUUUGUGUGUCAUGCCAUCUCUGUGUUUUUGUGUGAUUAUAGAUUGUUUGGGGUUGGACAAACAGUCAAAGUGUGCCCUGUGCCUUUUAACACUGCCUUAUGUAAUAGGUUAGCAUUAAAACCCCUGAUGCCUCAAUAUCUUUUGUUUCAUGCAGAACUUUUUAUAACAAAUUUUAAAUAAUUUGAGACACUUUAGGCAGCAGUCACUUUUAAUCAUUCCAAACUGUAAUUGGUUGUUUGUAGACAUGCAUUUUUAAAAAUGAAUAAAACAAAAUCAGAAAACAAAUGAAAACAA